CAAUGCUUUACUCAUUUUUUUUUGUCCUUUUGUUUUUCUCAGAUGCCCAACAAAUUCAUAUUUUUUACACAAUUGACUGUUAUUUUAUUGUUUCUUGCACAAUUAUCUAAAUUCUUGACUAGUGGAUGUGGCUUCUGUUCGUUUGAGAAAAAUCCUGAGCCAAGAAUUAAUGAAUGGUUUUACUUUGCUUAUGGGUUUGAAACAAAGUUGCGGAAUUAAAAAGGGGAAACGAGUUUAAGGGAAAAAAAGUGAAGCCAUGGCCUCUCUUCUCGGUCCCUCUGCGGCAAUUUCUCUGCAAUACAAGUUGAAUCGUACAAGUUUUAGUGCCGUCUCUACAAAUACACCAUCCCUAUUUCCCCAUACUGUUUUGGGGAACGGGAGAUAUCAAGGGUUAUGUUUCAAGACAAAAGCUACGGGUUCUGUUGAAGGAAGUGUACUUGAGAAAGAAUCAGCUAGUAUCAGUGACAAGAUAGAUUAUGGAGUUAUUGGUGUUCACCAUGUUGGAAUUCUGUGUGAAAACCUUGAAAGAUCGCUUGAAUUUUAUCAGAAUAUUUUAGGACUUGAAAUAAAUGAGGCUAGGCCACAUGAUAAGCUUCCGUAUAGAGGUGCUUGGUUGUGGGUGGGUUCCGAGAUGAUUCAUUUGAUGGAACUUCCAAAUCCGGACCCCUUAACUGGAAGACCUGAACAUGGGGGCCGAGACCGUCAUGCUUGUAUUGCAAUUCGGGAUGUAUCUAAGCUGCAAGCAAUCCUUGACAAAGCUGGUAUUCCCUACACACUUAGCCGAUCUGGGAGGCCAGCAAUUUUUACACGAGAUGCAGAUGCAAAUGCACUAGAAUUCACUCAAGUCGAUGCCUGAGAGUUUUAAGCACGUGUAGCCUGGAUUUCUAGAAAAUAUUGAGGUUCCUUUUUCUCCCAGGACAAAAAACAUGUACAUAAUAAUUGAUAUUGCCAAGUGUUUACACCAUUUUAUUGGUAUGGCAACUUGCUAUAGAUGAACAAGGAUGUAAAACUCAAAUCCCAAAAUCAGCUUACUUGAAUUUCCCAGUGAGAAUUUGGGAUGAUGAUCUAGAUCUUCUAUCAGUCAGAUAGGCUCUUCCUUUCUGGCUCUGUAAAAGUGUUACCCUGUUAUCUCAUGGUAUUCGCAAGUCGUGUUUGUUAAUUUUUUCA